CGCGCCUGUCAAUCCCGCAGCAGCGCUCGCGGAUUGGACCGGCUGAAACGGGGGGCGCGGGGGCAGCAAGUUGGGGUGCGCGCUACUUAAGGUCCUGCUGCGUGAGCCACUGACGUGUUUGGAACAGCAACCGGCUCCGGUGCUGGCCGUGUGGUGGCCUGUGGUGAGUGGUCUCCGGCCCCUCCCUCCCUGAACGGCAGGCCGACGACAACACUCCGCCGAGGGCAGACCCCCCCAGUUCGUGGCGCCAAACCCUCCGCGGCAUGCUCCUGCCGCUGCUCACGCCACUCGAUUCGUCCGGCCGGGGCAGCGGAAGGUGACCCCAUGCAGGUUUACGGCGUGGUGAAUUUCUGCUUCCGGAUUUAACACUCACAGACCAGACUGAGAAGCCUGGGGGCCUAGACUUGCUCAGUAACGUGCCCUUCCCCCACUACGGAUCAAAGCUACGAGGAGAGUGGGAAAUCAGGAACUCCUUUGUAAGAAGUAAGACAAGAUGCCCAUGGUCACACGGCGGCUGAGAGACCCUGACAUAAAUCCUUGCUUAUCGGAAUCUGAUGCUUCUACCAGAUGUAUGGAUGAAAAUAACUAUGACAGGGAAAGGUGUUCCAGUUACUUCUUGAAGUACAAAAACUGCCGGCGAUUCUGGAAUUCUGUCAUGAUCCAAAGAAGACAAAAUGGAGUUCAGCCAUCUAUGCCUACAGCAGCAGAAAGAGAUGAAAUUUUGGGAGCAAUGCAAAAGAUGCCCUAUUGAGUAUUUGCAUUAAAAUUGUUUCUAUAACUUGAA